CAGCACUGACAGCGAGGGAGGGGACCUGAAGACCUGGUCCCGCUGCGCCAAUUUCCAUUCAAAAUAAUGAAGUGUGAUGAAUGUGAUGCACCGGGCUACAGCUCCCCACGUGUUUGGAUGCUGUAAUAACAGCGGUCUUGGGCGUGCGCACACCAAGCCAGCUGUAGGACGGGGUGAAAGCGAGACGAGAAUACCAAACAGGCACCUCAUGGCUCAGCAUCAGCACCGGACUGAGUUAGGAUUUGCGCACCCUCCAAACUUGGCUUGGGACCUCAGCAUGUGAACGGGCUUUGCAGGAGGAGGAUCCACCUAGAAUGUCAGCUCUGAAGAAGGUGUUGCCAGGCAUACUGCAGAAGCAUUGCUGUAUCUUACCAGACAGGAACACAGGUGUGAAGAGGUUGCUGAUGAAAUUGAAGAGCAGGGAGAUAUACUCAGACCAGCAGUAUUCAUGGUCGCCCUCGCAGUACUUCGAUGAGGACAGCUACUCCCCUCCACCCAGGAACAUGAAGGGUCUCUCCGGUGGCCGACCUGCCCACCUUCAGCUCACCUCUCCAACUUCAACCCACACCUGCGGUGUGGCUGAAUGUGACCAUUCCCUUGACCACCACCUCCAUCAUGGCGACUCACGGCCCCCCUCCUACCUCCUCAGCCCCACUGAGAGCUGCCCCCUUGAGGGUCACCACCGCUGUUCCCCACGGAGCUCCAUCCACUCUGAGUGCAUGGUAAUGCCGGUGUCAAUGUCGGCCACUGACCACUCCAUCUCUAGUAGCACUUUCCCCCGCAUGCACUAUGGCAGCGCUUCACGGGACAGCGGUGGAAACACUUCUGGUGGGAGGGACUCCCGAGACGACGGUGGUUCAUCCUCACAUGGUGGCAGCGGCAAAAUGAACCGAAUCCCAGCAAACCUACUGGACCAGUUCGAAAAGCAGAUGCCAGUGCACCGGGAUGGCUUCCACACAUUGCAGUACCAACGCACCUCCACCACAACCACAACUACAGAGCAGCGCAAUGAAAGCCCUGGGCGAAUACGCCACUUAGUUCACUCGGUACAGAAGCUUUUCACAAAGUCACACUCUCUAGAAGGAUCCUCCAAGAUGAAUGGUACCAAAAGCGACUCGCACCGGGACAGCUCACACCACCACCAUCACCACCACCAAGGCCACCACAAACACAGCAAACGCAGCAAGAGCAAAGACCGUAAAUCUGAAGGUAGUGGCAAGCAACGCUCUGGAGGUUGGUGGAGCUCGGACGAUAACCUGGACAGUGACAGUACGUACAGAACACCGAGCAUCAUGUCGCGGCAUCCUGUGGACCACAUCAGCCACUACUACCCGGAUUCCAUGCACAGCCACCUGGCAGGAGACCUGUCGCUAAAGACCUCCAAGAGUAACAAUGACGUCAAGUGCUCAGCAUGCGAGAGCAUAAGCAUGGCACCAGAGGGCAAGUUCAUGAAGAGGAGCUCCUGGUCCACGCUAACGGUCAGCCAAGCCAAGGAGGCCUACAGGAAGUCUUCACUCAACCUGGAGAAACCCAUGACACCCACUGACCUCAAGCCCAACCUCAGACCCUGUCACUAUCUACAGGUGCCCCAGGAUGAGUGGGGGGGUUACCCUGGUGGCGGUAAGGAUGACGAGAUCCCUUGUCGUCGGAUGCGGAGCAGCAGCUAUGUUAAAGCCAUGGGGGAUGAGGAGAGCGGAGAGUCGGACUCCAGCCCCAAGACAUCGCCUCAGAAGUCGGUGCGGCCAGACGCCCUGGUCAAGGCCAUCAUCAGACCCAGGGACCUGUUGGACUCUCAGAGUCAGAGCUACCAUUUGCAAGCCACCAGGGACAUGCACCCAAGCAUUGCCCUGGAUCCCUCUGCCAACUACAACUCGCCCAAGUUUCGCUCCAGGAACCAGAGCUAUAUGCGGGCUGUCAGCACCCUCAGUCAGGCUAGCUGUGUUAGCCAAGUGAGUGAAACAGAAAUAAAUGGCCAGUUUGAGUCCGUGUGCGAGUCGGUGUUCAGUGAGGUGGAGUCCCAGGCCAUGGAGGCUUUGGACCUCCCCGGCUGCUUCCGAACCCGGAGUCACAGCUACCUGCGAGCCAUCCAGGCUGGCUACUCCCAAGACGAUGACUGCAUCCCCCCCAUGGCCUCCACUGUCACCUCCACUAUCAGGUCCACCACAGCCAUCACCUACACACCCAACUACAAGAAGACCCCUCCUCCGGUCCCACCGCGCACCACCUCCAAACCCCUCAUCUCCAUCACAGCCCAGAGCAGCACUGAGUCCACCCAGGAUGCUUACCACGAGGGGAGGCACCCUCAUGAUGGGAUGUGGGCCCCUGAUGGUCUCAGUAUGGGGCUGAGCCCAGGCAGGGCCCUCUAUAACUCAACCGACAGCCUGGACAGUGCCAAGGCCGUGACUAUAGCCAUGGAGGCGGCCGGAGUCAUGGCUGGGAAAAGACAUCCGUCCACAGACAGCCACAGCUCGGUGCUCACCUGCGACAAGGCCAUCCUUGUGUCCAAGGCUGAGGAGUACCUCAAGACACCGCGAUCGUCCAUAGGGAUACAGGUGGAAGCGGCCACGGACUCUGAAUCUGAGAGCAAAGGCUCACGGGAAUACCACUCUGUUGGGAUCCAAGUCGAAGAUGACAAGAAAGGACAGGGCAGGUUCAAACGCUCCAACAGUGUGACUGCAGCUGUGCAGGCAGACAUGGAGUUGGAGGGCUUCCCUACCAUGGAGGACAAAGGCCUGCAGUUUGGUGGGGGGUUCCAGCGUCACUCAGAGCCCAGCACGCCCACGCAGUAUGGGGCUGUGCGAACCGUACGCACCCAGGGACUCUUCAGCUACCGUGAAGACUACCGUACCCCUGCUGAACCCCCCAGCCCCAGGGAGACGACCAGUGAGACCACCUGGCAGCUGGAACCCCCCUCCCCGCGGGAGAGCGCGGUCUCAGGCGAGUCGGGCAGGGCAUCCCCUUCCCUGCGGAGGGAUGGGAGCUGGUUCAUGCAACUGCUCCACACAGAGACCAAGAGGAUGGAGAGCUGGUGUAAAGAGAUGGAGGCAGAAGCUGAAGAGAAUGACCUGUCAGAGGACAUCCUAGGCAAGAUCCGAAGUGCAGUGGGAAGCGCUCAGCUGCUCAUGUCGCAGAAAUUCCAGCAAUUCUACUGGCUCUGUCAGCAAAACCUGGACCCCAGUGCCAUGCCGCGGCCCACCUCUCAGGACCUGACUGGGUUCUGGGACCUACUGCAGCUCUCCAUCGACGACGUAACCAUGAAGUUUGACCAGCUGCAGCAGAUCAAGAACAACAACUGGAGGCCCGUUGACAGCCCAGAGAAGAAGGUGAGGAGAAAGCCACCAGCUCCUGUACCAAAGAAGACGGUUCGACAGAAGAGUGCAGUGACAAGGGAGAAAUCCUUGGACCUCCCAGAUAGGCACCGACAGGAGGCUCGUCGGCGGCUCAUGGCAGCCAAGCGGGCAGCCUCCUUCCGGCAGAACUCCGCCUCGGAGCGAGCGGACAGCAUCGAGAUCUAUAUUCCCGAGGCUCAGACUAGACUUUGAGAAGAUAGGGUCAGGGGCCAACGCGUCUCCCUGCUCCCAUGUUCAAACAACUUUAAAACUAGCCUUUUUUCUAGACUGCUACUCUCUUAACUCUUCCUUUAUCCAUCUGUUGUCUGAUCGCAAUAGCCAUCCUCAGUGCCCAUCACCAUCGGUCUGUAGGAUGUGCCAAGCCUCUUCUCCCAUUGCAAGAAUAAGUGUUAGCAGAUGUAUGUCUGACAUGGGUUGGUUGGGUUUCUCCUUGGUUUGCUGGUGAUCAAGAUACCCAGCCUACAAGCUCUCUCAUCCAAUGUCCUGGAUGGGUACAUCUGUAGUUUUUCAGCAUUUGCAAAGUGCCAUUUAAAAAGUGCAGCUUUGAAAACCUACCAGCAACCAGGCCUUUGAGCUAAAAAGAGUAAAUGAGAGAAAUUAUAUUUAUUUCAAGUUGUUCAAAAAUGGUCAAAGUUAGGAAACCUUCAGUAUUUUUAAAUAAUUUAAGGUUACAUUGUGACUCUUUUUUUUCUCUGUUCUUUUUGGAGUAAAUGUUAAUUACAAGCUAAAUAUCACAAAAUUGUUGUAAAUUCAAAACUUUGAAAAGUGCCAAUGCUUGAAAUACCUCAACCACGUGCAUGUGGCACUGAUCACCCAUUCAAGGUUAUUCAGGCAGCCCUUAUAAGCUCUGGACUGGUCAGUGUUGAAAAAAUGCAGCUUUCUACCCAAUCUGGUUGCAGUCAAACAUUUUUCAUGGUCUGGAUUGGUGGAAGAAGGACAUCUGUCAGCUCAUUUAACAUGCACAUUUCAAACAACCUUACUAUAUAUCUCAUGUUCCUGUUGCCAACUUUCAAAUAUUGACAUUUACUUGAAGCGGAAAACAUGCAAGUCUUGUGCCAACAUUUUCAUUAUGUCAAUGCAGUAGAAUAAAUACUAUGAAGGUUUGUGUAACUCCUUAGAUCAAAAUGUGUAGAC